AUGGGGUGCAAAAGAACAGAGAUCGUGAAAGAUGUAAGGGAGAUAUUGCUCUGGUUCUUUGCAGAUGCAGAGCAGUGCAGCAAGUGUCCGGACAAUCAGCACCCAAACAAAGACCGAGAUCUAUGUAUCCCCAAGGAUAUGAGCUUCCUCUCCUAUGGGGAACAUUUUGGGAUCAUCCUGGCUUCCUUUGCCCUGUUCCUGUCCUUAAUCACAGGCUUUGUGUUAGGAAUCUUCAUUCAAUUCCAUGAAACCCCCAUAGUCAAAGCCAACAACCGGGACCUCUCCUUCAUCCUCCUCAUCUCCCUCCUGCUUUCCUCCUUGUCCUCCUUCCUCUUCAUCGGCCGGCCAAGGAAAGCCACCUGCCUCUUCCGACAGACAGCCUUCAGCAUCAUCUUCUCGGUUGCCGUCUCUUCUCUCUUGGCCAAGACGAUCACUGUGGUGUUGGCCUUCUUGGCUACAAAGCCAGGGAACAGGGUGAGGAGGUGGCUGGGGAAGAGUUUGGCCAACUCCAUUGUCCUUUCCUGUUCCAGUGUCCAGGUUGUCAUCUGCACCAUCUGGCUGGGCAUCUCUCCCCCAUUCCCUGACUCUGACAUGCACUCCCAGCCUGGACAGAUCAUCCUGCAAUGUAAUGAAGGGUCUGUCGCCAUGUUCUAUGCUGCCCUUGGCUACAUGGGCUUCCUGGCUGCCAUCUGCUUCACGGUGGCCUUCCUAGCCAGGAAGCUGCCUGGGUCCUUCAACGAAGCCAAGCUGAUCACCUUCAGCAUGCUGGUCUUCUGCAGCGUCUGGGUGUCCUUUGUGCCCACCUACCUGAGCACCAAGGGGAAAUACAUGGUGGCCGUGCAGGUCUUCUCCAUCUUGGCCUCCAGUGCUGGGCUCCUGGGCUGCAUCUUUCUUCCCAAGUGCUACAUCAUUAUUCUGAGACCUGAUCUGAAUACAAAAGAACAUCUUGUGAUGAAAACAAUAGAAUAA